AUGGCGACGCAUCAGUACACCCGAAUCAGCACUCAAGACUCAGGCACAAGCUCCUACCAAAGGGAAGCAGUUUCUUCCGACAGCGACAGCAGCACUCUAGUCGCCUCCGAGUCUCGGUGGUCAACGAUCCACCAACCAAGGAAAUACUUGCGUUCUUCGACCCCGAUCAUCAUCAUCUUGACUGUGCUCUCUUUGUCCCUGGCGACAUACCAAUUCAUUCGCUCUUAUUCUCAGACAAAUAGCCCUCCCACAACAUCUUCCAAGGAGGCGGAUCCGUUAUUCGAUUUUCGCUACACGACAGACCUGGCCUCCCAGGACUCCUACCGCGACCAGCAGCCGCAUACGCAUAACCGUUGGCAAACGCCAUCGGGCGAGUGGCUAUCAUGUGGCCACUCGCCUCACGAAGCGAUCGCUCGCAACUGUCAAUUUGACAUCAUGGCGGCCGUCUGGCUCCCUCCGCCUUGCUACAACGCCGAGUUCGCCCACGAAAUGGCUCAAGCCACACAGUCCAACGCCACUGAAAUCAGCGUCUCCCCUAAACACUCGGUGUCCAUGACCAAUAUGACAUGGCACACGGAUCAAGACCUGUCUGUCGAGACGUUCAUUCCAUUUGCUCAGUUGGCCGAGUACUUCGUGGCGAAAUUCGAUAAAGGAGAAAAGUUGAUUGCGUACUCGAUUGAGAAUUUCCAUGUCGCGCAUUGUUUGUAUAUGAUGAGAAGCGCGUUGAUGGCGAUGCAGAGGGUCGCGGCGGGGGAGAAGGACGUGUAUGUGCAUGAGCAGGCUAUGGGGGCGGAACAUUCUGAACAUUGUAACGAUGUGAUUAUGAACCAUGAAACAAGGAAGACGGGAGUCACAGAGUUGGAGUUUGGGUUCGGAUGGUGUCAUAAGAUGUCGUAG